AUGGCGGUCGGGCUGUUCAGCGCUUUCGUCAAUCUGCUGAUGCUGACCGGCCCGGUCUUCAUGCUGCAAGUUUACGACCGGGUGCUGCGUUCGCGCUCGGAGGCGACGCUGGUGGCGCUUGUCGGUAUCGUCGCCUUCCUGUUCCUGAUAAUGGGGCUCCUGGACCACUUCCGGGCGCGGGUGCUGGCCCGGGCCGGUGCGCGCUUCCAGGCGCGCAUGGACCCGCGCGUUCUGGGGGCGAUCCUGACCCGUGCGGGGGCCUCGUCGCAGGCGCGCUCGGCCCCGGCGACGGGCCUGGCCGAUCUGGAGGCGAUGCAGCGUUUUGCCUCGGGUCCCGGCCCCUUCGCUUUCUUCGAUGCACCCUGGACGCCGGUCUUCCUGUUCGCGCUGUUCCUGUUCCACUGGAUGCUCGGCCUGCUGGCGGUGUUCUCCGGAGUGCUGCUUCUCGCCCUGGCGCUGAUGAACCAGGCGCGCACCGCGCGCCUUCAGGCGGAAGCCGGGGAGGCCUCGGCCCGGGCGUUCCAGUUGACCGAGCAGGUCCGGGCCGGCGGGGAGACGGUUCGGGGCCUCGGCAUGCGCUCGGCGGCCCUCGCCCGGCUCGCCGCGAUCCGCAACCGCACGCUCGAUGCCACCAUUGCCGCCUCCGACCGGGGCGGGGCCUUCGCGGCGACGACGCGUACGCUUCGGCUGUUUCUGCAGUCGAUGAUGCUGGGUCUCGGCGCCUGGCUGGCGAUCCAGGGGGCGGUCACGGCGGGGGUCAUGAUCGCCGCCUCGAUCCUGCUCGGGCGCGCCUUGGCGCCGAUCGAUCAGGCGGUGUUCCAGUGGCCGGUGCUGCAGCGCGCGCUGCAGGGCCGGCGCUCGCUGGCCCGGCUCUUGUCCGGAACCCCCGAGGAACCCGUCCGCACGCCGCUUCCGGCGCCCAACCCGGCGGCGCUCCCGGAGACCCUGUAUGUCGGCGCGCCCGGAGCGGCGCGCCCGGCGGUGCGGGGCGCGUCGUUCGAACUGCAUCCCGGCUCGGCGGUGGGGAUCGCGGGUCCUUCGGCGUCGGGCAAAUCAACGCUGGCGCGGGCGCUUGCCGGGGUUUGGCCGCCCCUGUCCGGCAAGGUGACGCUGGCCGGAGCAGCGCUCGACCAGUAUGGCGAGGCGGCGCUCGCCGGCCAUCUCGGCUGGCUGCCGCAGGAGGUGGUGCUGUUCGAGGGCACGGUGGCGGAGAACAUCGCGCGCCUCGAUCCCGAUCCCGACCCGGAGGCGGUGGUGACCGCGGCGCGGCAUGCGGGCGCGCACGAGAUGACACUCUCCCUGCCGGGCGGCUACGACUUCGAGGUGGCGGCCGGCGGCGCGGCGCUCUCCGGCGGCCAGCGCCAGCGCAUCGCGCUUGCCCGCGCCUUCUACGGCGAUCCGGCGAUAGUGGUGCUGGACGAGCCGGACGCGCAUCUGGAUGCCGAGGGGGCGGCGGCGCUCAACCGCGCGGUAGCGGGGCUGAAGGCGCGCGGCGGGGCGGCGGUGAUCGUUGCGCACCGGCCGGGCGCGUUCGUGCAAUGCGACGCGGUGCUGACGAUGGUGGACGGCGCCUGCGUCCCGCGGAGCCGGCGCCGGACCGUGGCGCGCCGCCGCGGCGGGCGGAAACGGUGCCGGUGA